UCAGUUUCCUAGAAAUGGAAGGUUAACGUGAAAUGAGCGAUUUGCGAGAAUCAUUUCUUAAUCAUCGCAUAUUUUUGAAUAACAUGAACUUGGCAAGGAAUUCAAGACAACUAUUUCCAUUAAUAUUGGGUAACUCAAGAACAGCAUUUGCCGCUGCACAGUCAAAAUCCAUUGCAAUGUCAGUCACAAAGUUCUCUAAAGAAGAAUUGGACAUUAAAUUGGAUAAAAAUCCUUAUUAUGAAAAAUAUGCAGAGAAAAUAAAGAAGUUGAAAGAGACAAAUCCUGAAGAAUAUCGCAAAAAACUUGAUGCAAUCAAAAAACUUUCAUCAAAACCAUCAUGGAGUGAAAACAAAACUAAUGACACUAAACAGAGAACAUCGGAAUCUGCAGAUUCAAGUAGUGUUGAUCCAAAGAGGAAGGGCCUUGAUGCGAUAAUGAAACUGGAACUCUUGGAAUACAAAUCGGCUUCAGAAAUCACAGAAUUAUGGAAAAAUUAUUAUAAAGAUCGAGAUGCUGUAUUUGCUGUUAUACAAAGUAAUACAUAUCAGACUCUCCAUUCGAGAAGACAGGAAAACCCAGUUUUCAUUUACCCACUGCCAAGAAAAGAUGGUUAUGAAAUGUUCUUGGGUCAAGUUACUGGCAAUGAUUGCCACUUUACGACACUAAUACAAUAUCAAAAAUAUGGAGAAAAUGCUCCUGCACAAUUGGUUAUCAAUCAUUACACUGAAUUUAAGGAAAGCAAAGGAAUCGUUCUUAUGUCCGGAGUUCCAAUGAAUGAAGGAAUUUCAAUAACAGAUGCUCAAUUGCUCAGUUAUCAAAUGCAAUAUUUCUACAAUGAGGAUAAUUAUCAGAUUGUCAAGGACUUUAAUAAAUCACCCAAUUCUUUUGAUUAUAACAGAAUAAUUGAAUGUGUAAGCGGCUCUUUAUUAGCGCAGCAAAACAAAUCAAGAAAUAAAUGAUUAUUUUUGUUUUUCAUUGUUUAAAAUAAAAUAUUGUUAUAGAUGUGA